AUGAAGCACCCGAAACCGAGCUCGCAAGUAUCGCCGAAACCUGGCGCCGACAUAAACAUACCGAACCCUUACGUCAACAAAAGCCCCAGUAUUAAAGCGGACCCGAUCAACAGCUACAUGAAAGCCAUGCAGACGGCUGCGAAGCCGUACCCAAGCACCCCGGCAUCGGCGUUCCCGGGAUAUCUGUCGCAGAUCUACGAGCAAUCGAACCAGUUCAAGAAUUUGUACCAAUACGCCAUGGAUUCGCAGUACGCGAACGCGAUGCAAGGUUUGUACGCCGGGUAUCCAGUGAACCAGCAGCAGAUGGUGAUGCCGUCGCCGGAACAGUUGAAGUUGUACGCCGAUUGGAUGUCGACUCAAAUGCAUUUUUCCUACGCCCAAAAUGACGCAAGCCAUAUUAACAACAUGAAGAAGCAGUAA